AUGAAGGUUGUCAGUAGAGGAGGAAGUUAUCCUAUAUGCUCUUCUUCAUCAUCUUGGUGGGAGGAUUUGUUGGAAAUUAAUAGGAAAGGAGGAGAUGAUAGGUUUGUCAAAGGUUGUUGUUUUGAUAUUGGCAAGAGAUAUACUACUGCCUUUUGGCACGUGAAGUGGCAUUUUGAUAAGUGUUUGAAAGAUGAAUUUCCUAGGUUGUAUGCACUUUCUGCUUUGAAGAAUGUGGUAGUGGUUGGUAUUGGUAAUUGGAGGGAGAAUGGUGUUUGGGAGUGGUCUGAUUUCGGCAUCCUUUCCCCGGUUUCAGAUCAACCGACAGUGGCGGAAGAAGUCUGA